CCGCCGUGCUCUUCCUCCAUCGAUCGCCAUAAAUGAACUCUGUUAAUCCUCCUCCCCAGUAAAACUUCCAUCAAAUUACCAACCAGGAGGCAGAUCAACUCAUCAAAGCGCGUUGCCGUUGCUGGCCCGGCUGAGAGAACAUCGGCAAGCCACACACACCGGGGUAAACCUAUAACCUAACCUCUCCCUCCGGUAAUUAACCGCUGUUACCGCUUCACGCCGUCGCCCUCCGCCCCUCCCGCCGUUCACCACCCCGGCUGCGUUCCUCCCUCCUCCUCCGCCGAGCGGCCGCCGGACGCGGGGAAGAAAGAGCCGUUCGAUCUAGCGGGGAGAGGAGAGAGACCCCGGGCAAGGUACGGCGCCGAGCGGCCGGCGCCCUUUCUCCUGGCAACGAAUCCGCGGCGGCAGGGGAUUGAUUCGGCGACGGGCGGCUGCGGCGGAGGCCUGAUUCGGCGGCCGGUUCACUGACAACAUUUUCUUACUUUUUAUAUGGAUGGUUGUACACAUCAAAUUUGAAGAGAAGAAUAUUUUAUAUUACAGAACAUCAAUAAAGGGAUGAGGCUUGGAAGUAUAAAUGGAUUGCGGUUCAAGCAGCUUAAGCUUGUCAUUCUUGCAUUUUUCAUGUUGUUUCUUUUUUGGAAAUGGGACAAAGGCACAUACUAUGAUUCUGGAAUCCUCCAACCUGAUCCAUUGGUUUUGACUCAUCCAGCUAACUCAAAGUUUGUAGAUCAGCAUACAUCCUCAGAAGAAGACUUUCCAAGUGCGGACCCAUUGCCUCAGUCAGUAGUUAAAGUAGAAAAGCAAAUUACUGGUGCACCACCACCAUUGACUAUGGUAGGCUAUUCUGUUGAUGUUGCAGAUGAAAACGAAGUGCCGCCUCCUGAGAAGAAAGAAUGUAACUACAGGAAUGGAAAGUGGGUUUCUGACAAUCGUAGACCACUGUACUCGGGGUUUGGCUGUAAGCAGUGGCUUUCAGAGAGUUGGUCCUGCAGAUUAACCCAGCGCACAGAUUUUGCAUAUGAACAAUUUAGAUGGCAGCCAGAAGCAUGUGAGAUGCCAGAGUUUGAGGCCUCUCAGUUCUUGAGGAGAAUGCAGGAUAAAACCAUUGCUUAUGUGGGUGAUUCUUUAGGGAGGCAGAUGUUUCAAUCAAUGAUGUGUAUGGUGACUGGUGGAAAACAGAGGCCAGAUGUGGAAGAUGUUGGAGCGGAAUAUGGCUUUGUGUUAGCACCAGGUGCAAAAAGACCAGACGGCUGGGCCUAUCGGUUCCCGAGCACCAAUACAACAAUUUUGUACCAUUGGUCAUCAACACUCUGUGAUUUGGAGCCUCUGAAUCCAUCAGAUCAUGCAACCAGUUAUGCCAUGCACCUUGACCGACCACCUGCUUUUCUAAAGAACAACCUUCACAGGUUCCAUGUCCUGAUUCUUAAUACCGGCCACCACUGGAAUCGAGGGAAGCUAAAGGCAAACAAGUGGGAGAUGUAUCUUGGUGGUGCACCAAACAACAACCGGAACAUUGCUGUCAUCUGGAAGGCCAAAAAUUUCACCAUCCACAGUGUCAUCAACUGGUUGGAUGCUCAGCUCCCUAACCACCCCCAGCUGAAGGUGUUCUACAGAUCAAUAUCACCUCGACACUUCUUUAACGGGGAUUGGAACACUGGGGGCCGAUGUGAUAACACAAAUCCUUUGGCCAAAGGUAGUGGCAUUCACUUGAACCAUUCUGAAGACACCGAUGCUGAGGGUGCGGUGAGGGGAACCAGGAUCAACCUGCUGGAUGUCACUGCCCUAUCGCGUCUGAGGGACGAGGGCCAUAUAUCACGGUAUAGCAUCAAGGCCACGCCGGGCGUUCAGGAUUGUUUGCACUGGUGCCUUCCUGGUGUACCCGAUACGUGGAAUGAGAUCCUUGCAGCCCAGCUGUAGGCUGUAGCUAAUUGGAUGAUUGAAAGCUAUUAUAUACUUUGUUAGGCUUUACUGAAGAGUUCUUAUGCUGCUGACAGAAAACACCAAGCGGCAGUAGCUCGGGAUUUUCGGAAGCGUGAUUUGUUGUAAGUUGUAACUAUAUAGAGGCUUUUCUUUUCUAGUGUAACUGUAAGUAACUGUUGUAUUUGCUUCAGUGUAUGUCUACUGUUGUUUGGAAAAUUGGAAUGGCAGUCGUUACUCACUA